UAUUUCCGCGUUUUUGCAAAUUACGUUUCCCUCUUGGUUUCAACCUAUUUUUUACAGUCUCUGGUUUCAACCACCAAUUUUGCUUGUAAUUUGUUUAACGUUUGAAUCGUAUUAACAGUUUAUUUAAUGUUGUGUUACCACAGGGAACCAUUGGUUUUGUAGGACAUCUUUAGCGAGCUAUACAUUUGUGUUGUUUCUGUAUUCGUUCAUGGGUGUCAAAGUUACAAAGUGCAUGAGCUCGAGAAAGGCUUUACACCUAAUGCUAGUUCGUAGAACUCUCAAAACGUAACUAAGUGUUUGCAGGUAAUACUAAUUAUCUGCUCAAAUCUGGUAGGUUAAUGCGCAACAAACGGUUUCAAGAUUAGAAAUAAUAUUAUGCACGUAAUGAGAAAAUAAAGAUAUUUCCUAAGUCAGCCCAUUUGGUAAUAAGAUAACUUUGUUUGAACUGAAUGCGAUUUUAAUCCCAUUAUGUUUAAGGAGAGGCAAAUGGAUGGCAUUAAAGCAACGAUCAAAAAUAAUCUGAAGCUCUUCGAAAUGGGAAACACAUUUUCUGAUUUGCCAGAGCUACCAAAAGCGUCUGUCUUGAUACCAUUAUUGAUGAAAAGUGGGGAAAUGCAUGUACUCAUGACUGUUCGGUCAUUGGAGCUGAGAAGCAGUGCAGGGAUGAUUUGCUUUCCAGGAGGCAAAUAUGACCCUAUAGACCGCAACGAGAUAGACACCGCUCUGCGGGAGUCUGAGGAGGAAAUAGGCCUCGCUCCAGAUCAAGUAGAGGUGAUCUGCAGACUGCCUCCUAUAAUAAAUAAGAGUGGUAUUCUGGUGACUCCGGUGGUGGCAUUCAUUGAUGAUUCUUUCAAGGCCCAGCCCAAUCCAGCUGAAGUGAGCGAUGUCUUUACUGUCCCACUGGAUUAUUUUAUAAACCGGUCAGGCCACUCCUCCUACACUGUGACUGGUUAUGUUAUGGAAAUUCACAGUUUCCUGUACCAGGAUUCAGAUUCAGGCAAAGUGUACACAAUAUGGGGACUGACAGCCAUAUUGGCGAUACUUACUGCUGUUCUAGCAUUCAGGAGAAAGCCAGUGUUUGAAAUUGCUUUUGAUGCUGAAGACCCACUUCCUUAUUUUCAACGUAAUUUUCAUUUCCUAGUCAGCAAAAUGUGAUUAGCUUGUCCUUCCACAUGGCUGUGUAAAUGGACAAUUAACUUAAUAUUUUCACUUAAGAAUUUUAAUCGACUUUUUCAGUGUCACAAUCUUGGCAUAAGAUGUACUAAUAAGCAGAAUGAUGAAGGCUACAUUUUUGGACCAGCAAAACAAAAUAAAAUGUAAUGUAAAAUUCCAUCAUA